GCUGCAUUUUUGUGGGUUUAUGGAAAUUGGUCUGUACAACUAAAGAGUGCUGUUGUUGGGUUUGAUCAUCAGAGAUGGCAACGGUGGCAGCUGCACCACGUGUCCAUUUGGUGAUAUCUGAUAAUUACAAUAAGGUCCGUCAAUGUCAUAAAUGGAGUUGGGUGGCAGUUCCAGAAAGGUCGAGUCUUUCUUUUUCUGAUUUCUCGAGUUCAUUGUUCUCUGCUUCAUCUUUAUCUUUGAGCGUUGAAAAGAGGGUGGGGAAGGGUUUUAGGAGAGGAGUUGCUAUUACGGCGAUGGCGGAUUCGGGUACAAGCACAGUCCUUGUCACUGGAGCUGGUGGCAGAACCGGCCAGAUAGUAUACAAGAAGUUGAAAGAGAGGCCUGAUCAGUAUGUUGCUAGGGGUCUGGUUAGAACAGAGGAGAGCAAAGCUAAAAUUGGUGGAGCAGAUGAUCUUUAUGUUGGAGAUAUAACAGAUGCCGACAGCAUUGUGCCUGCCAUUCAAGGUAUAGAUGCCCUUGUGAUCCUGACAAGUGCUGUGCCAAAGAUGAAACCUGGUUUUGAUCCAACAAAGGGUGGGAAGCCUGAGUUCUACUUUGAAGAUGGCCAAUAUCCUGAACAGGUUGAUUGGCUUGGACAGAAAAACCAAAUUGUUGCUGCUAAGGCUGCUGGAGUGAAGCAGAUUGUACUGGUUGGGUCUAUGGGUGGAACUGAUUUGAGUAACCCCCUAAACAGCUUGGGUAAUGGAAAUAUUUUGGUUUGGAAAAGGAAGGCUGAGCAAUACUUGGCUGAUUCUGGUAUUCCGUACACGAUCAUAAGGGCUGGAGGCUUGCAAGACAAAGAAGGUGGUAUUCGUGAACUUCUUAUUGGGAAGGAUGACGAGCUUCUGAAGACGGAUACCAGAACCAUUGCUAGGGCUGAUGUCGCAGAAGUCUGCGUUCAGGCAUUGCAAUUUGAGGAGGCAAAAAACAAGGCAUUUGAUUUAGCCUCAAAGCCUGAGGGAACUGGAACGCCUACCAAGGAUUUCAAGGCUCUCUUCGCUCAGAUCACCGCACGUUUCUGAUUAUCCAUUGUCUUGAUUUCGGCUCAAGUGUUGUGUUCGAACAUCUCCCUAUCUGUCUUGUUGUAAUGCCUAGAGACAAGCUUUGAGAAUUACCCUCUGGUGCACGAGCUAUAGCAGUGAAGCAAUAUUAGAGCUGUAUUUAAGGGGUUGCAUCCCCUAAGGCUUCUACAAGGGUACAUCUUUAUUGGGUGCUCCGCACUUCUAGUAAUCUACACUUGAGAUAUGUUUUUACUCCUUGGCUC